AUGAAUAAAUCAAAAAGCCCUAAUUAGAGAGACAUCCCUAGUGAUAAUAGCAAAGUCAGAAUAGCAGUUCGUGUCAGACCCACUCUAAAUAGUGAAAGUGAAGAGGACUUUGUACAGAUGAUUGAUGAUAAUACAAUAAAAGUGACUAGAAUUGGAAAUAGUCUUCGAAUGAAGUUCAGCGACAUACUUCCAAAAACAGCCAACCAACAGGAUGUUCAACGAUUGGUUUCUGAAUCUAUCAAGUCAUUCAUACAAGGAAUAAACAACACUAUUUUUGCUUAUGGAUAAACUGGAGCUGGUAAAACUUAUACAAUUAUGGGUGGAUUACCUGAAAAUGUAGCUAACGUUUCCACUGAGAAGUUUCAUUAGGUUAUAAGGUGCAAUGAGAGAGGAAUUCUACCUAGAGCAAUUCAAUCAAUCAUAUCUCAAUUAUAAAGUCAAAUAGAAGAGGAUUAAUGUCGACUUUAUUUAUCAUUCUAUGAAAUUUACAAUGAAAAAAUUUUUGAUCUUUUCAAUCUAAAAUCUCAAGGAUUGGACAUUCGUGAAAACAAAAAUGGUGAUGUGAAUAUUCCAGAUUUAUCCCAAAUAAGAAUUAUGGACAUUGAUACUGCCUAUGAAUACUUAAUUCUAGGAUUAAGAAAUAGAGUUGUAGGAUGCAGUCAUGCCAAUUCAAAGAGUUCAAGAUCUCAUUGUUGUUUUUAGAUGACUCUUCAAUAAGUUUCAGUUAUAAAUGGAGAACCUGUAUUAUAAGAGUCCUCACUUAAAAUUGUUGACUUAGCUGGAUCUGAGAAAUUUAAAAUUCCAACUGACUUGACUCCUGAAGAGAAGGAACUACACAUCUAAGAAUUGACAUCAAUCAAUGGUAGUUUAUCUUGUUUAGGACAUUGUAUCUCUGCUUUGAUUGAUAGAAAUAGAACACACAUACCUUUCAGAAAUUCUAAAUUGACAAGAGUUCUAAGUGAUUCUUUAAGUGGCAGUGGUAAAAUCCUAUUCAUCGUCUGCGUAUCUCCUUCGAUAUCUUCCAGUGCUGAGACCUUUUCUACAUUAUAGUUUGCUAAUCGAGCGAAGAGAGCAGUGUUGGAUGGCAGAAAUAUUUAAUAACCUAAAACAAACAAACCCAAAGGUGUGUCUAUGGAGGAGUAUUAAGAAUUAUUAAAAUAAUAUCAAAAGGAAAAAUAAUUAAGGGAAGAACUUGAAGUUAUAGUUUAAAAGAGAAAUUAAGGAGAACUACUAUAAUAGAUUUCAAAGCUCAAAUAAUAAAAUCAAGAACUUUAAGAAUAACUUUAUUAAGUACAAUAAUAAUAACAAUAGUAAUAAUCUUAAUAACAUAUAAAUAUCAAUUAUCAAUAAUAAUAAUAGCAAUAAUCAUCUUACUAAUAAUAACAUUAACAAUAACAAUAACAAUACUCCCCUUUGUUCUCAGAUAAUAAAAAGUCGCUUGCCGUUAAUUCUAACGACAAAAAGGUCAGGUUUGCUGAUGAUUUCUUAACUGCUCAUAUCAACAAUAUGGACAGAGAGGAUAGUUAAGUUUUUGAAAACUUAGCUAUAUUUUAGGAAUUAAAGUAAUUAGAAAACAAAGACAAAAAAAAAAUUAUUAAUUUUGAGGAAAAGUUUAAGAGCUACUUUGGAUAAUCAGAAUAUUAAACUAAUGAUUUAGCUUAAUUUAAUACUGGAAAAUAGUUUGAUUCCAUCAUAAGAAAAGUUAAUGACAAAUAAAAUAAUAUAUCAAAUAUUGUAUAAGAUCUUAAAAAAGAAAUGUCCAAAGCAGUGAAUUAAUUAGAAUAGUUAUAAAAGGAAGACAGGGACCUGAAGAGUGCUGACUCAUGUAAAGAAAAUUUUAUCUAAUACUGA